UUAAUUAAUGAACAAGCAAGCAUGUACCGUCGUCGCUACUCUAGUGGCUGGGCUGCGCCCACCGUUGCUCAACUGUAAGGUGAACGCUUUUGACGAAAUACAGCAAUUAACGUCCGGUUCGCGCCCAAAGAACAUUUGUCCUUAUUGA